GCAGCCGACAAACGAACAUCGCUUGUUUGUUCGUCAUAUUCAUAGAACCACUGCUGAUGGAAGAAAUUUGAAAAAACACUCGGAUCGGACCAGUCACGGAGGACAAGACUGCCUUGAAUUAGUUGCUCAAACCAAACCAAAAAGAAAAUGUAAUUACCAGAGUGAUUUUUGAAAAGUGAUUAAUUUAGACAAAAUAUCGUUCUUGUGUAGAAUUACAUAUAAAUAAAUUCCCCUCUUUGGAGGUGCACAUUGCGUACUAGUUCACGGGUUGUUGGCGUUCUUUGUAGGAUUGAUACGCCUGAAGUGCGUAGUUCUUUUGUAAUAAUCAGUAAGUCUCGGGAAAAAUUCAAAAUAUUUUGGAAUAUUUCAAGUCUGCGGCAGAUUUUUUGUGUUAUUGUUCUAUCGUAGUGUUGGACGAAAUUGCCGGAAAAAUAAAUUUGGUAACACCCUUUGCGCGGCAAUCCCUUUCGUGCUUUUGUUUAGCUGGUAGAGAAGUUGAACAAAAAAUAAGGGGACAUCGAUGGUUGCGACCCUCGCGUAGUGCUAAAAUACAUAGGUGCUUCCAAGCGACAGGAAAAUAUUCUUCCUCUGUUUGGUAAAAUGUGUGAGUGAGUAAGAUGAGAGCGGUAACAGCGAUGAAAAAAGCGCCCCGUAGAAGUUUAGUUACCUAGAGAAGAUCGAGGACGAACGCCACACGCGAGGUGCAAGAGAAUGAAAACAAAACAUCUGCCGAGGAAGCAUAAUUAAACAUUGAAUACAUAUCCAUAUGUGCGUGUGAAAAGUAAUAGGGGUGUCAGUUAUAGUUGUGAAUGCUGGAUAAAAUUACUUAUCCUAUUGACGAGAUGUAACAACUUCUGAAUGUUUUGUUGAAAUUUUCGUGUUUGUAUACAAUCAGAUUCGUGUGUUUAGUGAACAUCCCUAGCGGAAUAAUGCAUGUGUUCCUCCUCGCCAUACGGUUGUCGAUAGCACGGGCUGGGUAUCGAAGCGCACCGUGCUAUGAAUGAUGAUUACCGCUGAAGUGCUGGCGCACAUGUGAAUGAGACAGAUUACUGAGUAUUGAGGAAGAACGAGUGAAAGAGAAAAUUGGAGUUGUAAUAUCCGCAUAGGUUUUCUAUAUACCUAGUACAGUAGUUUUUAAGACGAGAGUUUGUUAGGCUAGAAUCGAACCCGAGGAAGGAUGAUGGAAUAAAGUGCGUAGUUGAAUAAAUUAAGGAGCGGUCUCAGGCAGAUAAUCGGGUGCUAGUUCUUUGACUGGAACAAGCAAGCAGCGUGGAAAUUUGUAGGAUCCUGCCAGCUGAAAUUAAAAAAAAAAGUGCACGAGUUGUAUGAUAGAAUCCAUUACUGCUUAGAACGAUGGAUACUUCGGAUGAUGAUCUCUCGGAUCAUUCGCAAGGGGACAAGUCAACGAAAUCUCGCUGGACAAAACAUGAGGAUGCCGCCCUCAAGUCUCUGGUAGAGCAGCAUGGUGAACGGUGGGACGUGAUCGCCAAGUUCCUGAAGGAUCGCACAGACAUUCAGUGCCAGCAGCGAUGGACGAAGGUGGUUAACCCGGACCUCAUCAAGGGACCCUGGACAAAAGAGGAAGAUGAUAAAGUGGUCGAGCUGGUCACAAAAUAUGGUCCCAAAAAGUGGACACUCAUCGCACGUCAUCUCCGUGGCCGUAUCGGGAAGCAGUGUCGCGAACGAUGGCACAACCAUCUGAAUCCAAAUAUCAAGAAAACCGCCUGGACCGACGACGAGGACAACAUUAUCUACCAGGCGCAUCUGCAGUGGGGUAACCAGUGGGCGAAAAUUGCUAAAUUACUGCCGGGCCGAACGGACAAUGCGAUCAAAAACCACUGGAACUCGACGAUGCGUCGGAAGUACGAAGGACCGGAUGCAACCCGACGUAAACCAAAGGUACACCACCAACAGAACAGCUCGACGCUGGGUCAAGGCAAUCUGAACGGCUCACAGCAGUCGCAAAAUGGCCAAAACAGUUUACGGAACAUAAUUUGCAAUAACCGGAAGAAGGCAUCGGUGGACAGUAUGAAUGAAGAUUCCCUCGAUAAAGAAAGUGAACCGGUGGCGGUUUCGACUGAUCAGGGAGACUUUCUGAUAUCACCGCUACCGAAUGCGACUAGUGAGAAGCAGUUUGUCAUUGCACCGCUCUAUGCAACCGGAAAAACUACUUUCGUCAACGCGAAAGUAGUAGCAAAUAAUAACUUCCUCGGUGGCAGCAGUGGCACCGGUAGCAAUAAUAAUAAUAACAACAACAACAACAAUAACAACCAUCAGCCGUAUACACCUACCAGUGUGGAUUUUAGUGAUUUACUUAGCGGUAGCGAUACGGACGGAAAAGAUCGUAAGUUCAAGAUUAACACGCCCAGCAUACUGAGGAGAAAACGGAAAUUUAGGGAUGAGAACGAAAUGACUAACGACACUAGUCUUCUAACCACACCAAACCCUUCGAAGGAUAAUCAGUGUUCAAAGAGAGAUCCAGCAGAUGAGGAUAUCAAAAAUACAAUUAAAACUCCUCUGAAAGAUGCAAAAUCGAUGGAACCCCGAACACCUACACCGUUCAAAAAUGCUAUGGCAGAGCUGGGAAAACGCCGAUCGGAAGUAUAUAUUCCUCCUAGUCCAGCACGCCUAGGAGAGGAUAUUGCGGAAAUCAUGAGCAACGAACAAGCAAAAGAAAGUACUAUCAUUGAUGGAAGCGUUAGCAAAACAGUUACCAAUGGUGAGCCUUGCCGCCCACAUCCGGUCGAAACCAAGGAAAAUACUGUCCCUAUUCAACAUUCCCCGCGAGCGAAGAAAGCUGCCUUCACGCAGAAUUGGGAAAAUUCCGAUAUGAGCUUCUUUGCUGAGACGCCGAGCAAAUCGCUAAUAUCGGACUCUGGCGUUAUAUUUUCUCCGCCCAGCAUACUCCGUGAGACGCUUAGUGAUUCUGAUCUGUUGUUGGAUGGUGGUGGAAUUUUAGAACCAGUGAAUGCACAAAAUAUUCCAGCGAAACAAACAGAACCCCUAGAGGUGCUAGACCCUAAGUGGGAGAAAUUCGCAUGCGGAAAAACCCGUGAUCAACUCUUUAUGACCCAACAAGCUCACAACUGUUUGAAGAAAACGUCUCUCCAGCCACGGUCAUUGAAUUUCUACAAAUAGAACCGAAUGCCAACUGGUUUGAAAUUUGUUCGUCAUGAACGAGUGUACUCUAGUGGUGUAUGUGUGUGAUGUAUUCGUAUUCAAGAUUGAGGAGUGUGUUCUAGUGUGCAACUCAAUAACAAGAAGUAAUUGGUGGACUCGAAUGUCUAGUAUUUUACCACAAUACGAAUCAGAUACGCUGAUAUAAAGUAAAAAGUUUUAUCAACUGAUCUUGUAUUUGAGCAUAUUUUUUUUACAUUUAGUCUUGAGAUGUCAUUAAACUUAAGCUUUAUAAAGUCAACAACAAUGGUACCGGCACUUAGUUUAGCAUUAACAAACUAAAAGCACCAUCUUCCUUAUUUUGCGAAAUAUACUUUUUAUUGUAAAGCGUAUAGAAUUACGUACUUUUAUCAGCUUGAGUAUGACCAUAAAUGAAAUAGUUUAUAAGGAAGGCUAGACAACAACCACAAGAUUUGUUCCCAUAUGUUAUAGAACAGGUUUGAUUUGUACCGGUUUGACAGUUUAUCAUGGCAGAAAAAAUAACUCAGAAGAAAUUGCAAAGAAUAUUUAUUUUUGUAACCCCUUGUGUCAGUUUCAAUUGUUUUUUUAAACCCGUUUGUAAAAAAGUCUAUUAUA